UUGCACGUAGUCCACGAUGUCCGGUUUGGAGAGUAUUUCCCACGACAACGAUGAUAUAAACGAUGUGUUUGAAGACAUCUUCCUGACGGAGGAACGCGUUAUCGUCAAGAGUUACCAUCAGGGGCUGGAAGACGGCCGGCAGCAGGAGGCCGUAGCGGAGGCGUUCGAUUACGGCCACAAAAAGGGGUCCGAAAUUGGACGUGAAAUCGGGUUUUAUCAAACCAUCGUCACCGAACUGGCCUCACAGCAAGUGGCGGCAUCCAACGAGCGAGCGUUGACGUUAGUGAAAGAAAUCGAAGUUGCCGUCGAGAAGUUUCCCCGUGGCAACGACCCGAACGUGGACUUGUUACACAACCUGCAGCAAAUCCGCAAUAAAUACCGGCGGCUGUGUGCCCUGCUGAAACUACCCUACAAGUACGAACAGGGGCAUGAUCUUACGUUUUAG